AUGGAGAGGGAAAAUCAAAUUGUGGUCAAUUUAUUAGUCAACAACAACCGACUUAUUCACCAACUGAUUCAAGAAAGCAAUCACGUAAGGAAAUUUGCAGGUCGUAGCGGAUCUCCCACAAUCAUUCUCGAAGCUGUUGCUGAUUAUGAUCUAUGGAUAUGGCAUGCAUAUUUUGGUAUGCCAGGGAGCAACAACGACAUCAAUGUUUUGAAGGCAUCGAAUUUAUUUUCGAAGCUUGCUCAAGGUACCGCUCCUCCUGCAAAUUACAUCAUUAAGGGAAACAAAUAUACUAUUUGUUAUUAUUUAGCUGAUGGUAUUUACCCAAAAUGGUUAACUAUUGUUCAUACUAUAAGUAAUCCCGACGGUCCAAAGAAAAAAUUGUUUGCAGCAAAACAAGAAGCAUGCCGAAAAGAUGUUGAGCGUGUGUUUGGAGUUCUACAAUCCAAGUUUGCUAUCUUUGCAGGAUCAUCUCGUUAUUGGAAGAUACUCGUUAUUGGAAGAUAG